AUGGACGAGGUGAGAAAGAGAAAGAGUAGGAGCAAAACUGGGAUCAAAGGUUCGAAACCCACCCCUCUCAAGGUUCCCAAGGACUCUCACAACUUUACAAAGAUUAAACCUGUGAUUAUAUACCUCCGAUCUCCUGAAGUUAUACACACGCAGCCUGAAGAUUUCAUGGCGGUUGUGCAGAGACUCACAGGAUGUUCUUCGUCUUGUAGUCAAGCUAGGGAGGAGUUGAUUCUUCUUCAAACAAAACCUUUGGAAGAGGAGGAUGCAGCCUACAAAACCACCCAUGAGCUGGCAGUAUGGCCCAAAGAUUACCUUUCUGAAGUGUUUUCUCCGCCAUUGAAUUCUGUUGCAGAAGAAUUGGAGUUUGACAUGGGUUGGGAUAAAGAGCUACACUUGUUCUCUCCGCCCUCUUCCCCACUAUUUGAUUUCCCCUUAACGGAAUUACAGCCCUUGAAUUGUCUCUAUGAUGCGGACAAUCCAUAUAUUACCAAUAUUGAAAUGGUGCCCUAUUAA